UGGUGUUUCCCCAUUGCAAAAUUAUCGGAAAAAGCAGCGGAUCCCGAUGGCAUGGACACUUACGCAAGGUCUGCCGCGCUGCCGUGCUACUGGAGCCUAUUUGCUGUCUCUCCCUUCAACCCAGCUCCACCGCCAUCGCCCCGCAGCCCAGAGAGCCCUGCCGCAACGCGACCAGCGACCACCGAGCCAAAGCAGGCGGCAUGAGGCUUGAUUCAGUACAUUUAUCCAUGCUGGUCAUCGGGGUCUCUUUCGCCUGCUACUCCCCGAGUUUGAAUUCUCUGCAGGACCAGGCUUACAAUUCCGCCGUGGUGAUCGAGGGCAAGGUGCAGUCCGCGCCUCUGAACGACUCAGCCGAGGCGUACAGUGUGAAUGUCAAAGUGCUGGACUUGUGGCCGCGGAACAGUGGAGGUCUGGAACGGGAGCAGCUCGUCACCGUGGGGGAUUUCGGAUCGGAGGCUCUUUGCACCACAGUGAUAAAGAAUCACAAGUAUAUUUUUUUCAUGGACCCAACUGAUGAGCCUCUGGUUUUCAAGGCGUCGUAUGCUCCCCUAGACACUAGUGGGAAUAAUCUAAAAAAAGAUGUUGGGAGGAUCUUGUGUGAAAACUGCGCUAAUGCCCCAAAAUUGAAGCGGUUGAGGAACCUGAUGGUGGAUGAGGGGAGCAGGCUCACGGUCAAGUGUGAGGCUACAGGAAACCCCAGCCCUACCUACAAAUGGUUCAAAGAUGGCAGUGAGCUCAAGAAAAGCAGAGAGGUCAAAAUAAAGUCCAGCCAGAAGAACUCCAGGGUCCAGAUCAGCAGAGCCAAGCUGGAGGAUUCUGGGAAUUACACGUGUGUGGCAGAGAACCUUCUGGGGAACUCCAACUCCACGAGCACUGUUCAUGUCCAAAGCAUAACUACCACACCGUCUCCAGGCUCGGGCCAUGCCAGAAGAUGCAAUGACUCAGAGAAGGCCUACUGCGUGAACGGCGGCGACUGUUACUUCAUACAUGGUAUCAAUCAGUUCUCCUGCAAGUGUCCGAAUGACUUUACUGGUGAUCGCUGUCAAAACUACGUCAUGGCCAGUUUCUACCAGCAUCUUGGGAUUGAAUUUAUGGAAGCGGAAGAGCUCUACCAGAAAAGAGUCCUGACAAUCACGGGGAUCUGCGUGGCUCUGCUGGUGGUGGGCAUUGUGUGUGUGGUGGCCUACUGCAAAACCAAGAGACAGAGGAAGAAGAUGCACAAUCACCUGCAGCAGAACAUGUGUGCAGAUCACCCAAACCGGAACCUAGCGAACGGACCCAAUCACCCAGGACCUGGCCCUGAGGAGAUACCCAUGGUAGAUUACAUCUCUAAGAAUGUGCCUGCAACGGAGCGAGUCAUAGGGCAUGUACCAGAGGACUCGUUCCCCGGCAGCCAUGCAUCUUCCAGAUCUCACAACUCCUCUACCCAUGCCCAUUCAUCCACUCACAGACACGAGGAGCGGACAUGGAGCCUGGAGCGGACUGACAGUGUCCUCUCAGACUCACCAGGCAUGAUGUCGUCCUCCGUGGGGACCAGUAGGUGCAACAGUCCUGCGUGCAUGGAGGCCAGGGCCAGGCGUGCCGCACACUGUGGCUCUACUGUGCCCCACCGGCCGGGCCUGCAGUACGAAGACUCGUUCGAUUCGCUGGGGGACUCUCCACACAGUGACAGGUAUGUGUCAGCCCUGACAACGCCGGCCCGCCUCUCUCCAGUGGACUUCUUUUACUCGCUGCCCCCGCAGGUGCCUACCUUCCAGAUCACCUCCCCCAACACCAGCCAGGCCAUGUCCCUGCCGCCCGCCGCCCACACCCCCUACCCUCUGGAGGACGACCAGCCUCUGCUGCGGCGCUACCAGGUGCCCCUGCACGACAUCCAGCGCCAGGAGCCCUACCGGCAGCAGCGCCGCACCUACCUGAACGACAGCACGGGCAGCCUGGCCUCUAGUCCCUACAGGCUGGCUGAGGAAGAAGACUACGAGACCACACAGGAGUACCUCUCCUCCCGUGAACAACCAAAGAAAAGUGGGACCGGCAGUGGUGGUGUUGGGGGUCGGCGCUUGCGGAGGUCCAGACUGAACGGCUACGUAGCACCGAGAGGAUACGAGGCGUCACAGGACUACGGCUCUCGCAGCUGCCUGACGGACAGCGAGUCGGAGGAGGAGGGCGAGAGCACGCCCUUCCUCAGUAUGCAGAAUAUGAACGCGGAGCCCUCCACUAUCUGCAGGCCGGCCAACAGUCGGACUUCUCAGUCACACUCUUCUGGGCAGCACGGUGCACGCGGGACUGUACAGACCAGACAGACGCACUCACGGUCCAAACCGGACAAUGUACCCCAUUAAAGAAAGAAGAUGAGCUACCAACGAAAAUCAAUAUAGUAUAAACCUGCACCUAUACAAAAUAUUUUUAUUUUAUAUAACUGACAGAUAUUCUAAACAAAUGAAAUAUUUAUUUUCAUUUUUAGCAAAAGUUGUCUACUAGUUAACAGCAAAGACUUUUUUAUAGGGAAAACUCUAUUUAUAUGUACAUUUUGAUUUACAGUAUAAAAAGACGUGCCAAUUUUUUCACAACUUCAAAAAUUGAGUAAUAUUGUGGUGCCUUUUGCUGUAUGCCGAUGGCAGAGGGCCAGUGGAGGUUUUUGUAGCCUUUCUUAUAUGGACAUCAUUUUUUAUACACGUUUCCUCUUUUGUUUUCUUUUUUGGGCUUUUUUCUUUUCAGGCUGCGUUCUUCUGGGAGUCUAGCCCCAUUUGAACAUUACCGUUCCCCUUCAACCUCAUGCAAUAUAAACCACUUAAUCAUAAGGUGUAUGUUUACAUGAAUAUAAUUCACCUAUAGGGUUUAUCAUUUUGGGACUCUCCAGUAGAACAUCUGACCAAUGCAGUGCAGGUCCUUGCUCUCUGAGUGGGGAGGAGUGUUUGUGUGUGCGUAAGUGCGUGUGCUCGCGUGUUGUGUGCGUAUGUGUGUGUGUGUGUGGGGGGGGGGGGGAUUUUGUGUACAGCUGUGCUUGUGUGUGUGUGUGAGUGUUAGAUGUCCUAAUGUGUUGUAACAACCAACGGGUUGCUCUAUUGGGUGCCAAAGCAACUGUAUCAGUAGAGGAAAGCUGCAGGUGCACAGUGAAGAUCAGCCUGGGUUCCAGGAUUGCGCUGCAGUUGGGUAGAGAGUUCUGUUUGGUAGAGAGUUCUGUUGGGUAGAGAGUUCUGCAUGUCAUUGCUUGAUGUGUGUUUACAGCUGCCCCGCCUUUGUUUCCUGGCCCCCUCCAUGUACCAACAGGGUAACGGUUUGUCUCCUGGCCCCCUCCUUCUACCAACAGGGUAACGUUUGUCUCCUGGCUCCUUACUGGUCCCACCAGGGUAAGGUUUGUCUCAUGGCCCCCUCCUUCUACCAACAGGCUAAGGUUUGUCUCAUGGUAGCCUCCAACGUCCUGGCUAUCUGUGAUUCUGAAGAAGAAAUGUCGUUGGCCAGUAUCUCAGUUGGUCUGGAGAUAUCCCUGCCAUCAGUGAUAGCGGCUCAAUACAAAGAGACAAAACUAAAAGCAAGAACAUCCCAUAAAUGUAUCUCUUUCUCCCAUCACCCAUGCCUCCUCCUCCUCAUCAUCCUCCUCACCUGUCCAUUGUGUACCUGUGGCCAAAGUAAAGGUCCGCAUAGCAUCUCAGGACUUCCACCCACCCCUCUGCCCCCUCUUCCCCUCUCUCUCUCUCCCUCUCCCUCCACCAACAUAUUUCCCUAAGACUAAGGUCCCCCCAAGGACAUAAACAACACCCAACAUGCUAUGCCUCUGAAUCUCAGUGGAGAACAGAAUAGAACAGAAUAGAAUAGAAUAGAGUAGAGCAGAACAUACUAAACCAAUACAAGAGAAAUAGCUGUGAAACUUUGGAGGAUCAUAAAAUGCCAAAAUAUGCAAACUUUCUAUUUUGCUCUGUUUGAUGACGUCAUUUUCUAAGAGGUGACUGUAGUGUGUUGUGUGAAACCUAUGUAAUGCCUAUUGUGCAGAAGAAGUAACAUGAUAUCAAUACAUAUUUAUAUCCAUUCUUAUUUUUCAUGCAGUUAUGCAGCGCUUGCUCAAAUUGACAAUUUUCCUCAUUCACAGAUUCAUGUCCAUUGACUGAUUGUGUUCAUGAAUUCUUAUCUCACCGAGUCCAGACCAAGCAGACAACACGCAAGUCUACAGUAAUGACUAAUCACUUUAAAGGGUCUCAUUCACUAAUGUUGAGUGCUGCUCAGUCUUGUGGAUAAGGAUAAUAAUGUUGUUUGUUAUGAAGUAUGUCACUAACAGGUUUGGAAGUUAAUUUCAUACCUGUCAAAAAUGUUGGAGUAAAUGGUUCUGACAAUGCAUUUGAAAUGAUCGUUGAUAAUCCUGCAAAACUUUGGUUAUAUUCUAAAAUAUAACCAAAAAAAUGAAAUGACUGUACCAGGACAAAAUCAUCAGAUGAGUCUAGAUCAAAAGUAAACUGAUAAGUAGGAUUAAAACACAACUGGUAACGGCUGUAAGAUGAAGGCACAUUGAUAAAGACACGUAGACAAAUGGAUUUUCUGUCCUUUCGGUUUCUCACACUCUGAGUGUAAUUUUGUAUGUUUGAAAAAUGCAAAAGAAGACAGUAGUUCUAGUUUAAAUGUGAUAUUUCCCCAACCUUGCCCCCCUCCUCACCCAAUAGAAGUGCUGCCAGGUUCGUCCUGUCAGUUUCUCACGUUUUUAUUUUUCUUCCCUCGCUUGAAAUGUUUCAACACCUCUCCUCUGCAUGUACUUGUGGUCAAGGUAUAUGGGUGCAUGGUAAAAAGCAGCAGUCAUUUUUUUUUUUCAGUCAGUGGAAGUGUAUUUCAUUUAACAUUCAGCAAUAAAAAUACCCCCCCCCCCCCCCAUCUCCAUUCUAGGAAUAUGCUAGAAAAAAAGUACAAAUGCGAGAUUGUCAUAGAUUGUAAAAUAAAAUUUUAAAAAUAAUCCUCAAAAUAUAUCUUUAUUCAUAUCAUUUUAACAUAAAGUGGUCAUCCCUGUGCAGGACUUUGGUGUGUGUUUUGAGAUAUCCUUAGCCAUUGGGCUGAGGUACUGUAUGACUGGUUUCUAUAACCUUUCUGCUUGUGGCUUUUGUUUCCAGUAUCUGAAGUGUGUGGUUCCUGUGAAGCAAUACCUUCAGAAAGUAUUCACACCCCUUGACUUAUUACGCAUUUUGUUGUGUUACAGCCUGAAUUCUUUAAACAAUAAUAAUCUCACCCAUCUACACACAAUGCAAAGUGAAAACCUGAAUGUAGAAAUGUUAGAUCAUUUAUUUUAAAUACAUAUCUCAUUUACAUAAGUAUUCACCUCCCUGGGUCAAUACAUGUUAAAAUCAUCUUUGGCAGUGAUUACAACUGUGAAUCUUUCUGGGUAAGUCUCUAAGAGCUUUGCACACCUGGAUUGUACAAUAUUUGCACAUUAUUCUUUAUAAAAUUCUUCAACCUCAAA